AUAUAUAUGCAUAUAUGAUGUAUAUAUGUGUGUAUCGCAAUUCCACAAUAGUGUAGUAAUCUCUUUUGUCAAAGGAUCAGGAAUGGGUAGUGGUAGUGGUGUUAAAAUAGUUUCAGAGUGUUUUGUUGAGCCUCACCAGGGUUUACAAAAGCCCACACCCCCUUUCCACUUAACACCUUGGGAUGUUAACUUAAUAAAUUUUCAUUUCCAUAUCCAAAAUGGCCUUCUGUUUGCCGUCAAACCUCCAGAGAUGAAAACUCUGUUGGAGAACCUCAAGUCGUCUCUCUCCCUCACCCUCCUCCACUUUUAUCCAGUUGCAGGCCGAAUUAGAGCUAUUAAGCACAUCAAUGGUAAUAAUAAUGAAAUUUUAAUAUUGAAUCAUGAGAAUGAGAAAGAGGCUGCUAAUAAUGCUGAUGCUGAGGUUUCAUAUUCUUACCAUGUGGACUGUAACAACAGCUCCGGUGUCAAAUUUAUCCAUGCAAUAUCCUUACACAAGGACUUUGGUGUAUCCGACCUCCUCCAUUCUCAAUCUCCCAGUUAUGAUGAUGAUAUCCCAGCAGGUGUUCUACAAUCGUUGUUUAUGGAUGAUAAAGACGUCAAUGAUCUGAAGUCCAAGAGCUUGCUGACCAUCACAGUGGUAGAGCUGGUGGAUGGGAUAUUCCUAGGCUGCAGCAUGAACCACAUAGUUGCCGAUGGAAACUCCUUUUGCUAUUUCUUGAGCAUGUGGUCUCACAUCUUUCAACAACAACAACAACAACAAAAUAUCAUAACUAUCUCACGCCCACCAAUGCUGGAGCGUUGGUUUCCCGACGGUUACGGUCCAGUUCUUAAAGUCCCCUUCGCCCUCCGAAGCUUCGACUCUUUCACCAUACCCCAGCCUCCUCCACGCAGAGCAAGAAUCUUCCACCUCUAUUCCCAGGCAAUAGCAAACAUCAAAGCAAAAGCAAUUGCAGAUCUAACUGCCACUAAUAAUCCCAACGCAAAUGGUGUUAUUCCCAAAAUAUCUUCCUUCCAGGCCUUGUCUGCAUUUCUGUGGAGGACCAUAACCCAGGUGCGCAAUCUGCCCCCUGAUCGCACUCUCCUGUUGGUGUCCCCAAUCAACAACAGAUCAAGAUUGGACCCCCCAUUGCCUGCAGAGUACUUUGGAAACGCAGUGGGCAUGAUAGCAGUUAUUACCACUGCUGGUGAGUUGCUCUCCAACAAUCUAGGUUGGGCAGCCUGGAAAAUCAACCAGGCUGUGGUCAACUACGAUGACACCCAAGUCGGCCAAUGGCUUCACGACUGGCUCAAGUCUCCACGGUGUUUAAUGCCCGAUGACCAGAUUAAACUUUGCAGUGUGGUGGUCAACGAUUUUUCCAAAUUCAGCACCAUUGAUAAUGAAUUUGGAAUAUUGGGCAAACCUUUGGGCUUUUAUUUCGGAAACAGGAAUCUAAUGAGCGACGGCAAUGUGUGUGCUUGUUCUGGACGCGAACAUGGAAGCAUUGCCUUGGACAUAUGCCUUUCACCUGAUGCCAUGUCCCGUCUUCUAUCUCACGAACACUUCAUGGAAGCUGUCCGUUAAUUGAUGAUCGUCCAUCUAUCCCAUGAGAUUAAUUAAUUACCACAUGCAUGCAUAUUGUAAUUAACUUCAACUACUCAAAUUCUUCCCGAGUAUGCCCCAUGAAAUUGAUAAAUUAGUUUUUUUCAUCAUGAAUCGCAUAAUUAAACUGCACUAUAUAUUUAUUAAUUUAUUAGUUUGAAUCCUUGCUCUUCA